UGGUUGACAUCACCUGCCAUCGCUAUACACAAAGUCGGAAGAGAGGAUAAGUUCUACCCAAAGUGGAGACUGACAGGGGUGCGACGAUCUUGUCCAAGGGAGCUCUCGGUACCCAUCCUGUGCUUUAUUGCCACCCUGCGUCACAACCGCCGUACAGGCCGCCCUUUCUCUCUCCUCCUCUCCGUACCUCUCUCUACUACUCUAGUCCUUAGUCCGCACAAUAUAUCUAUCCUUAGUCGUCGUCACCCAGCUGAGCCCAAGCAGGUUUCGCCCAGCCAUGGCGACCGCCCCCAGUUCCGCCGCCAUGUCGCGCGUCCGUUCGCCAUCCUCCCUCGCUUCAUCCUUCAACUUCAUCGCGUCACCGAACGCCAUGCACGCCAAUGAUCUUGCACUCAGCUCUGAUGACUCCUUCGAGAGCCUCUCCGAGGAUAGUUCGUCCGACGACGAGAUCGUCUGGUCUGUUUCGGACCUCUCUGCGUCGUUCAUCUCGAGUCAGCGCGACCCCCGCUCGCCGUCCAUCUUCUCCGAAGACGACUUCAUCGUGCUCGGCCAGCCAAGCCGUGCCGAUGCACCCACCAGCCCGCGUAGCUCGGACGCCCCGAGCGUAUCUGCGGACGGCCUCUCGGACGUGUUCAACGACCUCACGAUCGAGGAUUCCUUGGACGCAAGUAGCAACUUCAGCUCUUCGAGGCCUGCGUCACAGGCAGCGACCCCUUCUAAGCGGAGCAGGAGGCCUAAAGCGCGAGCCGCGGCAACUGUAUCAGCAGCACCGUCGCCCGCACAGAUGCCUACCGCGCCGGUCACACCGAAGCGCAAGAGGAAGGUCAAAGCCGCGCCCGCUCCCGCUGCAAAGGAGGUCGUGCCGAAGAAGAGCAGGAAGAAGGCCAAGGCGAAAAAGGUUCAGCCUGCUACAGAGGCCGGUCUGGGCGCACGGCCUAUUGUCGACGAUGUCUCGGAGGCGGGAGACGUAAAGACGGUUUCGCUUUAUGACGAUGCCGUCCAAUACAUCUCUUCGUGAGUCUUUCAUACUCUUA